CUAAUUUAGGCUGAUGGUAAUGUUAGGUUUGGGACAUGGUUUGAUUUGGUCUACAACAAGGUCAUCCUUAGAUCGGCUUUGUUUUUAAAUAAAAUUUUGAAAUCAAAAACAUAAAAUUAAUCUAUCUUAAGAUUGAAUUCCCCCUGCAGAAAGAUUGGCAUGAAGCUUCAGCCUUACGACUUUAAAUCAUCCAUCGCGUUAGAAAGAAACAUACCAACGUCAAUAGUUUAUCUCGGAUACAUUAAAAGUCUUACAAAAUUAACGUUUUUUUUAUCGGGACACGUAUUUGGACGACACUUCUUAACGGAAAACGGCUUUGUCAAAAUAAGUUUGAUGAUAAAAUUAUUAAUUCUGUAUUAUAUUCGAGUAGUUUAUUUUCGGAAUCUUAUUUUCAUUUUUAAUUUUUAAAUGAUAUAAAUUAUAUUGUUUAUAAUUUCGCAUUAGUACUUGUCGUCGAAUAGUGUCAAAGACUUCUAAAUUCGCUUGGUUUAAAUAUACAGUGGAUCAUGUGGUAGUGAUAACUGAUGCAUUUAUUACUUUUUUUUUUCAUUAAUUUAAUUAUUACAUAUUUUAUAAAUAAAAACAAGAAUUAUCUGUUAUAUAUAA